GGAGUAGAGCAGUCGCUGUGGGAGGGAACGCCAGAGCGAGGCUGUGAGCGGAGCAGGUCGUGUUCGGCUCCGCGGCUCCGCUUCAGGUGUGACAGGCAGCGGCCACCCGGCUGAGAGCGAUAGGACGAGCGCGGUUCCCUGAACCGGUGUGAGCGCGGUCACCAUGGACCGCCCGGAUGAGGGGCCUCCGGCCAAGGCCCGCCGCUUGAGCAGCUCGGAACCUCCUCGGGACGACCUGCCGCCGCCUCCGCCGCCGCCGCCUCCGCCGCCGCUAAUGCGACUGCCCCUGCCUCCACCAGAGCAGCGCCCGAGGCUCCGGGAGGAAACCGAGGCGGCACAGGUGCUGGCUGACAUGAGGGGGGUGGGACUGGGCCCCAGUCUGCCCCCCCCGCCGCCCUAUGUCAUUCUGGAGGAGGGGGGAGUCCGCGCGUACUUCACCCUGGGUUCUGGGGGUCCCGGUUGGGAUCCUGCGAUCGAGUCCGGGUACGGGGAGGCGCCCCCUCCCACGGAGAGCCUGGAAACAUUCUCUCCUUCGGAGGCUUCUGGGGGAAGCCUGGAAAUCGACAUUCAGGUUACGGAGCCCAGCAGCUUUGCUGAAGGGAAGGCCCUAGAAACCUGUAGCUCAGGGGGGCGGGGGUACCAGAUGUUAGCCGGUCCACAGGGGAAGGAAGAGGCCAUCAUCAUUGUGGAAGACGACGAAGAGUAUGAAAAGGAAAGUGUGAGAAAGAAGAGAAGGAGGAGGAGGAGGCGGAGGAGGAGGAAGAAGCAGAGGAAUGUGAAAAAGGAAAGCAAAGAGAUGAGUGCGGAGAAGAUAGAGUGCAUCCUGCAGGCACUGGAAAACAUUCAGUUGGACCUGGAGGCGGUGAACAUCAAGGCAGGCAAGGCCUUUCUCCGUCUCAAGCGCAAGUUCAUCCAGAUGCGAAGACCAUUCCUGGAGCACAGAGACCUCAUCAUCCAGCAUAUCCCAGGCUUCUGGGUCAAAGCAUUCUUCAACCACCCCAAAAUUUCAAUCUUGAUCAACCAACGUGAUGAAGACAUUUUUCGUUAUUUGACCAAUCUGCAGGUACAGGAUCUCAGACAUAUCUCCAUGGGCUACAAAAUGAAGCUGUACUUCCAGACAAACCCCUACUUUACAAACAUGGUGAUUGUCAAGGAGUUCCAGUGCAACCGCUCAGGCCGGCUGGUGUCUCACUCCACCCCAAUCCGCUGGCAUCGGGGCCAGGAACCCCAGGCCGACCAGCACAGGAACCAGGACACCAACCACAGCUUCUUCAGCUGGUUCUCAAACCACAGCCUCCCAGAGGCCAACAGGAUUGCUGAGAUUAUCAAGAAUGACCUGUGGGUUAAUCCUCUGCGCUACUACAUGAUGGGAGAAGGGGGCUACAGGGCAAACAGAAAGAAGCAAGAAAAGGAAGAAAGACUUUCCUACAGUAAAAACAGAGAUGAAUGUGAGGUGGUGAUCGUGGAAGACUCUGAUGACUAUCAUUUAAUGGAAGACAUUAUUGGCGAGACCUCAGACAGUGAUGUUAUCACCGACAAUGAGACCAUUCAUGACAUCAAGAUCUCUGACUUCAUGGAGACCACCGACUGCUUUGAGACCACUGACAAUGAGAUAACUGAUAUCAGCGAGAGCCUCUGUGACAGUGAGAGCCCAGACCACAAUGAGACCACCGAUGAGAGCCCUGAUGACAACGAAACCACUGAUAGCAAUGAGAGCGAUGAUGACAACAAUGAGAAUCCUGAUGACAACAAUGAGAACCCCAAUUACAACAGUGAGAACCCUGAGGACAACACUGAUGACAAUGAAGAGAACAGUGAUGACAACGAUGAAAACACUGAUGGUGACAACAAGGACCCCAGUGUUGAUGAUGAGAAUCCCAAAGAUAGCAGCCACUGCAACAACCAAGACAGCAGUGACAGUGACAACGAAGGAGACGAGGCCAGUGAUGAUGAAGAUAACGAUGGUAAUGAAGGCGACAGUGAAGGCAGUGAUGAUGACGGCAAUGAAGGUGACAAUGAAGGCAGCGAUGAUGAUGACAGAGACAUUGAUGACUAUGAGAAUGACUUUGAAGACCCUGACAAGGAUCAGGAUAACAGCAACAACGUGGAUGACUAUGAAGAUGAGGUAGAGAACAUCUUUGAAGAAGAAUCAUCAGUGGAGGAAGAGGAGGGCAGUGAGGAAGAUGACUGGCUAAAGAAGAUGCAAUUUCCUAGGAUGGAGAACUGCAUGGUGGCAGCGAGCAAGGAGGUGAGGACGGUGAUGAUGAGGAAGGAAGCGAGGAGGAGGAAGGAAUCGAAGACUCUGAAGACACCGACAUGGAGGUGCUUCAGGUCCAAAAUGCUUGGACCAACCCGGGGAAGAGAGGCAACACUGGAUAAACAAAUGGUCUCACCCUUGCCCUUGUCGGGGCUGCCUCUCUGUAUUCUCCCUCUGCCCCUUUUGCCCUCCCCCACAGCUAGGGCCUUGAAGCCCCAUAUUGCACUUCUGGGGGGUGACCAACUUCGUACACGGGUUUAAAGUUUAUUUUUAUGGUUCAGUAAUUGCAGAGUUCUUAUUUUGCGGGGAGGGAAAGGGGGAUUCCCCCUUCCUUUUGGCCCUCUUCCCCCGCAGGCUUCUGUGUGCUGCUAUGUAUUUAUUGUGAUGCCUUGAUCAGGGCCCCUCUAUCCUCCUCCUCGUGCUGUAUGGAGUGGACACCCUUGAUCCCGAAGCGGGGAGGGCCGCUGUGGCCUUGGGGGGCUCUGCUGCCA